GAAAAAAGAUAUCUUGUGAUAUUUUUCUUUAAUGAUCUUCUCAUACUAAUGCACAUAAGAGCAUUGAAAUUUAAAAAUAAAAGUGGAACAAAAAUAUAUGAUAAUUAGAAUGAUGAUACACAGAACAAUCAACUUGUUGAACAAAGCUUUCGCAAACCCAUUUCUGAAGUGACAAGUCGCAACAAUACGUGAACCAGCUCUCUCACCUUGGCUUCCCUGGCCAGAUAAAAUAGUUUUCGAGGAUGUCGAGUUCGGGUUCGGGGUCUCACUUUGCCAUGCCUAAGUUCGAUGGAAAGAGUAGCUUCACUCUUUGGCAAAGAAGGAUGAAGGAUCUCCUUGUGCAUUUGGGUUUGUCUAGAGCCCUUAAAGGAGAUGAGGCGAAGCCGGAGAAAAUGAGUGACAAUGAUUGGCAGGAGUUGUGCGAGAAGUGUGUCAGUACUAUCCGGUUGUGCAUUGCAAACUCUGUCGUUAAUUGUGUUAUUGACGAGGAGUCUCCGGCGGCGAUAUGGGAGAAGUUGGAAAAGCUGUACAUGGCAAAAAGCUUGACCAACAAGCUUCUUUUGAAGAGGCGGUUGUAUCGGUUGCGGAUGGAGGAUGAGGACACCUUGGUUGGACACAUGAAUGUGUUCAAUGGUUUAAUAGACGAGCUGAAACGGGUUGAUGUUAAAAUCAAUGAGGAGGAUCAGGCAUUGCUUCUCCUUAAUUCUCUCCCAGAUUCCUAUGAGGUUUAUGUGGAUACCAUAUUGUGCGGCAAGGACACGAUUACCUUGGAGCAAGAACAAUCAGCUUUGUUGUCGUUUGAUGCGAAGAGGAAAGACAAAGCUGGGGUACGGAGUGACGAUGCAGUCGCGGCGAUUGCUCAUGGGGGUGGGAGAUGUCGUUCGUCUAUUAGGGACUACAAAUCAAAGCACGGGAGGUUUAAGUCCCAGAACGCACCUAAGAACGAGGUGCAUUGUUACAAGUGUGGCGAGCUCGGGCAUAUUAGGAGGGAUUGUCCUAAGAAGCGUGAGGGGAAAAAUGAUGCCAACUUGGUUCGAGAUGGAGAGACUGGUAGUAGUUCUCUUGGAAAUGAAAGUGACGAAUUGUUCAUGGUCGCUAACGGUUAUGAUGAAGCUUCCGGCAAUGAUUGGGUGCUUGAUUCUGCAUGUGUGAGUCACAUGUGCUCAAGGAAGGAACAUUUUGAGAAACUUCAGGAAGGCAUGACUAAGAUUUUGAGGUUAGCGGAUAACUCGACGGUGGCGGUCAUGGGUGUUGGAGUUGUGAAAAUGAAAAUGUUCGAUGGGGUGGUGAGGACUUUGGGUAAUAUGGCGUACGUUCCCAAGUUGCGGUGGAAUCUCAUCUCACUUAGUCAAUUGGACUCCGAGGGGUACGAGUACAAGGCUCGCGGGGAAGUGGUUAGAGUGACUAAGGGUAGCACAGUUGUGAUCAAGGGGGAGCUAGAUCACGGUUUGUAUCGUAUGGUGGGUCAUAUGGCUAAAAGCGGCUCAGAUCAUAAAAGUAGUCGUCGUGUCUCGUUCGUGGAUGAGGCGACAAUGGUUCAUGGCUUCUAGGCAUACCUUGAUAUGACUAGUUCACUAAAGGAAGGGAAAAGAACGAUCAAAUGCAAAUGGUUUGCACGAUUCUCCUGUACAAGGCCACUCUUUAAUUUUGGGUGUAAAGGAAGAAAUGAUGCACUAUCUGAUUGAAGCACAAGACAAGCCAGCUCCUGGAGAACAAAAAGAACUUCUUCUAAUCUUGCUGCAGGCAGUGGACAAUCCCCUAAAAUUUAAGGUUUCAAGGUAUGACACAACAUAAAUGGGAGACAAAUAAUUCAGACCAUGGCGUAAGUAAAUGUUUUACCUAGUUCAUUCUCAUCCUUCAAAAAUUUAUCUAGUAUAUAUUCACAUCUGAUCAACAAUGUUCCAAUUGAGAUUUUGCUAACUUCGGAACUGGUUGA